AUGAGCAAGCACAAUAACUAUACCUCUACGAGAUCUAAGCGUCAAGAUGGGGAAGAGUACAGCGAUGGAAAUCCGAAUGAUCAAUGGACACCUGACGAUCCAGACUCAAAAGAAGACUACGUACGAGACUAUUCAUCAGAUGCAGACGAAAUGAAAUACAAGAAAAAAAGAAUUCGAAAAAAAGGAAGAAAAGCAAAAUUUCUUGCUGAGCAACUAAUGUAUGAUCAACAAAUGAUGGCAAAUCAACAAACAAUGAUGCAAUUUCAACCUCAACAAACUUAUCAUCCUCCACCUCCUCAACUUCAACCCCAACCUAUAAUUACCUUCCAACAACCUUCAUAUACUAAUAAACAACUUCAUUCAAUACCAGAGCUUGAGAGUGUUGGCCCUAAUCAUAUCCCUGGAAUUAUCGAUGUUGUUCCUCGUGGACAACAUUAA